AUGUCAACCUCCCUAUUAGGUCCCCCCUCUGCUGCUGCCAGUCAUCAUCAGCAGCGACAGUAUUCCCAACGGGAUGAUGGCGACCGUGUCGUCUUGCUGCUGGAUCUGGACUGCUUUUAUGCCCAGUGCGAACGGAUUCGUCUGGGAUUUUCCGACCCCGAGACUUGCUGCAUUGCUCUGUUGCAAUGGAACUCUUGCUUGGCCGUGUCGUAUCCAGCACGUGCGUAUGGCAUCAAACGAGGCGAUGGAUUUGAACAAGUCGCCCAAAAGAGUCAAGGAAAAUGCAUGGCGGUUCAUGUGCCUAUACUGGAGACUUCAUCAGACAAUGUCGAUUUUGACGGCGAUUUCGCCUCCGAGUACUGUCAGUCCCAGGAGGAACAACUCCGGUUGCGACGACAAGAUAUUGGACGACGGAGAUACGCCACCGAAGGAAAGGCGUGUCUGGAACGGUAUCGAGUGGCAUCCAGACGCAUUUUUGAUGUUGUCAAGGAAUGUCUUGGACUUGCUGGUAACAGUAGUAGCAAGAGUGGAAUCAUUUUGGAAAAGGCUUCCAUUGACGAGUUCUUUCUCGAUGUGACAACCAUUUGUCGUACUCCAGAUCAUCCAUUGUGGGAAACCAUACUAAAGCAACAGCAAAUAAAAUCUACAGACAAUGACAAACAAAGUCAACAAAAUCACAAGACAGUACUAGUGGGGGACAACAACACGAAUACUCAAACAACCAAUGACAUGCAGCAGGAAGAUCCUCCAAAUGGGAAAACCAACAAUUAUUCACAACUAGCACACAAUUACCCAGAAUUGGACCGGGGUUGUCAAUUGGCGCAAUUCAUUCGGCAAUCGGUCUAUCGCGAGCUGGGAUUCACACUGUCGGCGGGAAUCAGUGUCAAUAAAAUGGUGGCCAAAUUGGCGGCGUCCUAUGGCAAACCCAAUGGACAAGCCGUCGUUGUCCCCGACCAGAUUCUCACCAUGAUGGCAUCCACCAAGCUCUCCAAAGUACGCAAUUUUGGUGGCAAACUGGGAAGAGAACUCUUGCAAGUGCUGCCCCCUGGCGUCCCGGAAACCAUGGGAUCGGUUGCCAAGUACUUGUCCCUGCCACAAUUGCAGCAACAGUUUAGUGCCGAAUCGGCCCACUUCAUCUUUCGAGCUUGUCGAGGACAAGACAAUGAACAAGUUCAAACCGAGUCUGUUGUCAAAUCCAUCACGGCAUUCAAGAGUCUCCCACGAUCCGUGACCGAUACUGCCGAUGUACAAGACAACGUUCUGCUGGGAUGGAUUGAAUUGUUGGUCAAAGAAGUCGUGUCGCGCGUCGAAACCGAUGCCAAAACCAAUCAACGCUAUCCACGAAAUUGUACCAUUCACUAUGGGUGUGCGGGAAAUUUGAACGCAGCAGGAAGGCUCGAUAUGAAAUCCUUUCGCGUCCCAUUUCCAUCGCAAAAGUGGCCCGCGGCACAAAAAAUAGCGCAUUUGAUGGACGUGAUACCCCACAAGAUUGUCGAACGAGAAGUGGGGACGAAAGCUAGCGGGGCUAGUAGUAGUAGUAGUAGUACACGGAAACGAGUACAGUUGGUGAGAAUUGGGGUUUGCGCCACGGAGAUGAAUGAACAAGUCAACAAGCAGGGGAGCAUUGCGAAUUACUUUUCAUCAUGCACCACUCCUGCCACUACUACGAAUGGAUCCAGAAAGGCAUCUGUACCGGUAAACAAGGAUACAAUGACAGCAGCAACAGCCACAAAGGAGCCCGAACGCAGUGCGAGUCAGUCGGAACAGAAUAGUAUUUUGGAGAGCAAAAAGCGUUCCAACCCGUAUGCAAAACCUGUCAAUCCGUACAAAAAGGCGUCGAAGAAAGUGCCGAAAGCGGGAACUCUGGCAACAAAAUCGUUCCUUUCGCAGUCUGCCACAGUUUCGCCCAAAACUCCUGCCGCAAGCUGGGAAGAUGCAUCCGUCGGGCCAAGAUCGGGGAACCGCCAAAAGGAUAACUUCCUCUCGAGAGAAGUCCAAAAGACGGAUCAUGAGAGUGAAAUUCAGACACUCAAUAUUCCCGACGGAGAAUGGAAAUCCAUGGCUGUGACCCCAUCCACUACCACCUCCCAGACAGCAUUGCAAACCACUGAUGGCGAGGGCGCUUCCAUUGUUGCGGCAACCACAUCACAAUCAGCCAGUGCGGAGGUUCCGUCCAACUCCACCGUUGCUCCUGCAAGUUCCGAAACAGGUGCUCCGCAGGAAGACCCUGACCUUGAACUUGCGAAGCGACUGCAGGCGUCAUUUGAUAAAGAAGAGCGUACUCUUCGUUUGUGGGAUGCCACGAAAAAGAAAGGGUCCGGUCGGUCGUCGGGCAGCAGCAUUGGUAGUGGCCGAGCCACCAAAAAGGCAAAGGCAAAAAGGAUCAGCUCAUUCUUUCGCGCGUCGUCGCCCAAGUAG